AUGAUGACAGAGGCCAUGCAGAGCCAGUGGGGCCUCGGUGGUCGAAAUGACAUUGGAAUCAUGGCGCAAAUGGGUGCUCGAAUGGUUCGUUUGUACGGGAAUGACCCUCGCUUCGACGGAACAAAGUUUCUGAACUACUCAAACAGCUGGGGCCUGAAGAUUGUGGCUGGUAUAUCAGAUUACCCAUACGAACAUGGGCCUGGGAGCUGCUGGACCACCGAUUUGGACUGCUAUGAAGCAAUCCAAGAGUCGUACACGUCCACCUUGGAGGGCAAAGGCUUUCUGGCGAACGGGAAGUACCACCCUGCCUUGGACACCUUGGUCCUGACAAAUGAGCCGGACUUGAAAUUCACGAAAACUGCAGGCCAAGACUACAUGCGCGCGGUGCUGAGCGCCUUCGAUGGCGUGCUGGCAGCUGAAAAGGCUAAGGGCUUGAACGUCACUUCCCCCGACAACAUCAAGCUCACCGCUGCCUUUUCCUACAGCGUGUGCCCAAAGUGCAAGCACAUCCUCGAAUUGAGGCCGAUGGGCUGUUGCGUGGUUUGCUCUGACGGCACUGGGCCUGGCACCCCCUGCGCCUCAUUGGGCGGCGUGGGCAAAGAGAGAGAGGACGGCGGGAUGAGGUGUCCGAAAGUGCGUGCGCCGAACUUUGCCGACGACUGCCCAGGAUUGCCAAUGAUCAUGGAUCUGCACUUCGCCAUGGAAGAUCCCAGCAGCGUCGGCUACACCUUCAGGACAGACGGCUGGAAAGAAGCUUAUGUCAAUCGUUGGAUGCAUUCCUUCAAUGGCUUCUUGAUGGCAUGCUUUGUUGGUGCUGACACGCUGAACAAGCAGUUCAUCCAAAAGUACAUGAAGCUGCCCUUCAAUCAGGACAAGUCUGCGCAGGAGAUGACCAAGGCUUUUCAUGAGUGGUCGCCCAAAUUCCAAAAUGGGAGCCCAAACCCCUAA